GCCCACGUUCCCACUCCCUCUCCUCUUCCAGCCAUGACCGCGCCGCAGUAGUAUAGCCCAACCAACAGUAGCAUGCGCCGCUGCUUGCGGCGCGGGCUGGGCAUCCUCCUCGUCCCACUCCCAAGCCCACUCAGCCGGCCGCCGCCGCCGCCGGUCCCUCUCGCGGCUCUCCUCCUCCUCCCGCGCCGCCUCGAUGCCUUCUCCCUUCGCCCCUUCUGCAGCUACGGCGGGGGCCGCGCCGUCGAGCAGUUCUCCGACGACGAGUACGACCACGAGUAUGAGGACCACCGGCCGUCGUCGUCGGUGGCCAACAUCGACGAGUGGAGGUGGAAGCUGAACAUGCUGCAGCGCAACGCGGAAGAGCAGGAGAUCAUCUCCAGGGACCGGAGGGACCGCCGGGACUAUGACCAGAUCGCCAACCUCGCCAAGAGGAUGGGGCUCUACAGUGAGCUGUAUGGGAGGGUUAUUGUUGCGAGCAAGGUCCCGCUGCCGAACUACAGGCCAGACCUGGACGACAAGCGUCCGCAGAGAGAGGUGGUGAUCCCGCUAAGCUUGCAGAGGAGGGUUGAGGGACUUGUGCAGGAGCACCUUGACCGUGCGCUCUUGCCAUUUGAUAAAGAUGGCCGCGAGACGGAAAGUGGUUCCGAGAAAGCUGAGCCUGGGAGCUUGGAUGAGAGGCAGGAUCCCAUGCUCGACCAGUCGGUCAUGGAGAAGGUCCUUCAGAGGAAGAGUAUUCGGAUGCGCAAUUUUCAACGAAGUUGGCAGGAAUCACCUGAAGGUGUUAAGAUGGUAGAAUUUCGGAAAUCCCUCCCAGCAUACAAGGAGAAGGAAAGGCUUCUAGCAGCCAUUGCACGUAAUCAGGUUAUAGUUAUUUCGGGAGAGACGGGGUGUGGCAAGACAACACAGUUGCCUCAGUUUGUGAUGGAGUCAGAGAUAGAAUCUGGUCGGGGGGCCUUUUGUAACAUAAUUUGUACACAGCCACGGAGAAUAUCUGCAAUGGCCGUUGCAGAAAGAGUAUCCACCGAAAGAGGAGAAAAUCUUGGUGAAUCGGUUGGCUACAAAGUUCGAUUGGAGGGAAUGAAAGGAAGGGAUACACAUUUACUUUUCUGUACCAGUGGUAUUUUAUUGAGACGGUUGCUGAGUGACCGAAACUUGAAUGGGGUGUCUCAUGUAUUUGUUGAUGAAAUACAUGAAAGAGGCAUGAAUGAAGAUUUCUUAUUGAUUGUUCUAAAGGACCUAUUGUCACGACGCCCCGAUUUAAGGUUGAUAUUGAUGAGUGCUACUUUAAAUGCGGAACUGUUCUCAAGUUAUUUCGGAGGAGCGCCAACUAUCCACAUUCCUGGAUUCACACAUCCAGUGAGGGCGCAUUUUCUGGAAGACAUAUUAGAGAGGACAGGAUAUAAGAUGACGCCAAGUAAUCAACUUGACGACUACGGCCAAGAUAAAGUCUGGAAGACUCAGAGACAGCUAUUGCCUAGAAAGAGGAAAAAUCAAAUUACUACACUUGUGGAGGAUGCUCUUCAAAAUUCGAACUUCGAAACCUAUGGCUCAAGGACACGUGAUUCUUUGUCAAACUGGAAUCCUGAUUGCAUAGGGUUUAAUCUCAUAGAGGCUGUUCUGUGCCACAUAUGUCGCAAAGAGCGACCUGGUGCAGUUUUAGUUUUCAUGACCGGGUGGGAUGACAUUAGUUCUUUGAAGGAUCAACUAAAAGCGCAUCCAUUGCUAGGUGACCCAAAUAGAGUGCUACUGCUUUCAUGCCACGGUUCAAUGGCUACUUCUGAGCAGAGGCUAAUAUUUGAUAAGGCACCUCCUAAUGUUCGGAAGGUAGUACUUGCCACUAACAUGGCAGAAGCAAGUAUUACAAUAAAUGACAUUGUUUUUGUCAUGGAUUGUGGAAAAGCAAAGGAAACCACAUAUGAUGCUCUAAACAACACUCCCUGCUUACUCCCCUCGUGGAUUUCAAAGGCUUCUGCCCGCCAGAGGAGGGGUAGAGCUGGUCGUGUCACACCUGGAGAAUGCUAUCAUCUCUACCCUAGAUGUGUGUAUGAUGCAUUUGCAGAGUACCAGCUUCCGGAGCUUCUUAGAACUCCUUUGAAUUCACUAUGUUUGCAGAUAAAAAGUUUGCAGGUUGGCAGCAUUGGGGAGUUUCUAUCAGCUGCUUUGCAGCCUCCAGAACCAAGAGCUGUCCAAAAUGCAGUGGAAUUCCUGAAGAUGAUUGGAUCAUUAGAUGAAAAUGAGGACCUUACUGAUCUGGGAAGAUACCUCUCCAUGCUUCCAGUUGAUCCAAAGUUGGGGAAGAUGCUUAUAAUGGGUGCAGUUUUCCGUUGCAUUGACCCUAUACUCACUGUGGUCGCUGGAUUGAGUGCCCGGGAUCCUUUCCUGUUGCCACAAGACAAGAAGGAUUUGGCAGGAACUGCAAAAUCAAGAUUCUCAGCGAAAGAUUAUAGUGAUCACAUGGCCCUUGUCCGAGCUUAUGAAGGAUGGAAGGAUGCUGAGAGGGAAGGAUCUGGUUAUGAGUACUGCUGGAGAAAUUUUCUUUCUGCUCAAACACUACAAGCCAUUCAUUCUCUUCGAAAGCAAUUCAGCUAUAUCUUAAAGGAUGCUGGCUUGAUAGAUUCUGACGCAAAUACAAAUAAUAGUUUGAGCCAUAAUCAAUCAUUAGUCCGUGGUGUCAUUUGUUCUGGGCUUUUUCCUGGGAUAUCAUCUGUUGUGCAUAGAGAAAACUCGAUGGCCUUCAAGACAAUGGAUGAUGGCCAAGUCCUUGUUUAUGCUGUAAGUGCAUACAUGAGCGUCCUGAAAUGCUCAUCUACAACACCCUGUUUAAUACAUCAUCUUGCAGACAUGUUGAAUCUGACAUUACGGUUUAUUCAGAAUUCUGUGAACGCUAAGUACCAGACCAUCCCUUAUCCAUGGCUGGUCUUUGGUGAGAAGGUGAAGGUAAAUGCUGUCUUCAUCCGUGAUUCAACUGGAGUAUCAGAUUCGAUACUGAUCUUAUUUGGUGGUGCUGUUACAAAAGGAAGCGUGGCUGGGCACUUGAAGAUGCUCGAUGGUUACAUUGAUCUAUUUAUGGAUCCCAGCCUAUCUGAGUGCUACUUGCAACUUAAAGAAGAACUUGAUAAACUUGUACACAAGAAGCUUGAAGACCCAACCUUCGACAUUCACAAGGAAGGCAAGUACAUCUUAUUUGCUGCACAAGAGCUUGCUGCAGGCGACCUAUGUGAAGGAAGGUUUGUGUUCGGCCGAGAAACAAGACGAGCGAGGCUUCGGGACAGCGAAGAUGGCAAAAGCAACAUCAUAAAGGAUGGGAUGAACCCAAAGAGCCUGCUGCAGACCUUGCUGAUGAGGGCAGGCCACACGCCUCCCAAGUACAAGACAAAGCACCUCAAGACCAACGAGUUCAGAUCCAUGGUGGAGUUCAAAGGGAUGCAGUUUGUUGGGAAACCAAAGAGGAACAAGCAGAUCGCGGAGAGGGAUGCCGCAAUCGAAGCACUGGGAUGGCUGACACAAACAUCCGGCACGAAGCUCCAAGAUGAGGGUGACGACUCCCCGCUUGACCUGACUGAUAACAUGCUUAAGCUGCUUAGUAAACCGAGGAAGCAUACUCGAAAAAAUUCGAGGAAAUGAUUUUUUGCAAUGUUAGGUUCAGGCCUCUGACGGUUAAUUGAUGGCAUUGUCUCUUGACGGUAUUGGAUGCACUGAACUUAUGCUAGUGCGUCACUUUCAGCUGCUCUCCUAGCAGCAGGGUGAUGGACGAUACACUUCAUAAGCAUCCUCCUGAAAAUGAAUGUUACUCCUGAAAUUUGUCUAGGACUUUUAGCUGCUCUCCUAUAGGCAGGGUGAUACAGUAUUUUAACAUCAUCACGGCCAAACUGAAAUUUGUACCAUUUUAUAAAUUAACCUUGCAUAUGUUUUUGUAUAGUGCCAUGUGCAUACAACACGAUA